ACAGAAAAGAAUGAAUUCUUCUCCCCCUGAGGGCUUUGGCUGCGUUGGCUGAUGGGUUCUUUCUUUCACUUUCUUCCCCUCUUUGUCAUGAAUGCAGCCUGGAGAACAAUUGAUUUCUCUGGCAAGGAGCGAAGCCUCUCAAAUCCUUCUUCAAAUGCCUCUUUCAAAGGCCUCAAGUUGGGAGAGGAGUUUUCCUUUUGCCAGGCCUUGCCCUCUUCUUUUGACUCACUCCCGCUUCUCUUGCCUCUUGGGCUGAGGGUGUAGUAAAUAUAGGGGAUUAGCCCAGAGCCUUUUCUGCCUUGCUUGCUCGCUCCGUGGGUGCUUGCCUGGGGAGCGCUAAUGGUGUGUAGGCAGCACGGCACAAAGAGUUGCCUGCCGCUGUUGUGAAUAGGAGGGCAGUCCCGUCGUUGGUGACUUGGCCUCCUCAGCGCUCUCGGAGACUUAAGCAGAAAAUGAAAACCAAGCAUGGGCCGAGAAGGUUUGCCAAGGUAAAGAUGCGGCCCAUGGACAGGGGACUCAGGUUGGAGGUUGUUGUGCCCUUUUUGGGCAAAUACCGUCCUUUUGUUGGGCGCUGCUGCCAAAGGUGUACUCCAAAGAGCUGGAAAUCCUUCUUCCACAAGCACCUCACCUCUCUGGGAUUUUGCAAUGUAAUCAAAAUAACAGAAGAAAACACCAGGUAUAGAGGCUGGCUGGUGAGGAGGCUCUGCUACUUCCUCGCAGUGGCGGACUGGAAGCUUGGUGCGGAUACCCACCGCAAUCUCCUGGAAAGGAUUUUUCACAACAAGAGGGUACAGGAGAUUGUUUCUCAGAGAGUGUCCCAGGGCAAAGGGGAUGCACCGCCAGUGUCCAGAACACAAUGGAUGAGAAAAAUUCAGGGGAUCCUCUGCCAGAUGCAGUCCUCCCUCUCUCCUUUCCUGUUGAGGUUCUGCCACUGGGUUCUGCUCAAACUUCUCAACCAGAUGUUCCUCAGUGUGGUGCUCCACAAAGGGAAGCUGGAGAUGGUGCACAAGGCUGCACAGCUGCCUGACGUUCCAAUGGUCUUUCUGUCAACCCACAAAUCUCAACUGGAUGGGCUGUUGCUUCCCCUUCUCCUCGCCUCUCAGGGCCUCGGCUUGCCCAGAGUGACUUGGGAGUACAAAGCCUACACCGUAAAGCACAGGGCUCUGCUGACUCGCUUGGGAGGGGUGUUUCUGCCACCCGGAGUGGAGCAGACAUCAGACAGUGAAGUGGGAGCUCUCUCCAGAGCUGUUCUGGCUUCCUAUGUCCAGGAGCUGCUUCUGAGCAGGCGAGCGCUGCUGAUCUUCUUGGAAGAGCCCUUCUCUGAUGUGCCGCUGCAGCGCUCUGCCUCCAGCAGGGAGUGGCUGAGCCUGGUGUUGGACGUUCUCCACGCUGGGGCUGUCCCCGAUGUCACGAUCGUGCCCGUGGGACUCGCCUACGAUGUGGCCCCAGAUGCAAAUCGGAGGGAACAGAAGAACCGCACCGAGCCCCUUAGUCUCUGGACAUUGCUCUGGACCAUCUGCCGAGCGGCAUGUCGAGGAUUUGGCUGUGUCCGGGUCGAUUUUGCUCAGCCCUUCUCGCUGCAGGAGUAUAUUGCGAAUAAUCUCUUCAGACACGACCGUUCAGGGAAGCCGCUAGAGGACAUCCUCCUUCCGGAACUGCUAGGCAAAUGCUGCAGCGUGCUGGACUGUGAGAAAGUGGAACGUCGCUCACCAGGGCCCCCAAGUGCCGUGGCGCUGACUGCAGAGCAGCAAACCUUGGUGGACAGUCUGAGCCUGCACGCCUUGAAUGCUGGCGUGUCCUGCUCUCCCAUCAUGGCCGUGGGGAUCAUGUCUGCCCUCCUGCUGCACAAACACCGAGAAGGAGUCUUCCUUUCCCGGCUGAUGCAGGACUUUGCUGGGCUCACCGAAGAGAUCCUGCUGCACAACUAUGACGUGGGCUUCUCCGGGCAGGUGCGGGAUGUGGUGCUGCACGCCCUCUUCCUGCUACGGCGCUGCGUCUCCCUCCACCGCCUCUCGCUGGGGGACGUGCUGGUGGCUCCCAAGAGGACCGAGGCCGCCGUGCUGGAGCUCAGCCACCACAGCGCUGCCCUCCUGCCCGUUUUCACCCAGGAAGCUGUGGGGGUCUGUGCUAUCAACGCUCUCCUGGUGGAGCUGCUGCCCUUCCUGGGAAGUCCUGAGCAGCUCCGAGAUGUGGUCCUGGUCCAGGAAGAGCUGCACAACAAGGUCCUCACGCUGGUCCAGCUGCUGCCCAGAGACGUCGUCCUGCGCCAGCCCUGCCAGUCUGUGUAUUGCUACUGCCAGGUGGUCCUGGACAAGCUGAUCCAGAGUGGCUUGUUGGUGGCUGAAGAGGUGCCCAGUGACCGCUUGGUGUGCGACACAACCCAACGGCGCUUCACCGAGAACCCGCUCUGGAAAGUGAUGGACGACUUUGGAGACAGCGACAGCGAUGGCGGCGAAGAGGGCAGCAAGCGCUGCUUCAGGGUGAGCCAGACGGAGCCCUGCUCCAGCCUGUUCGUGUUCCUGGGCUGCCUUCUGGGCCCUUUGCCAAAGACCCUGGAGAGAGCCGCUGCCUUCCUCUGGGGGCUGGAGGGGCCUCAGCCAGAGUCCCAGUAUUUGGAGAAGCUGCACCAAUUCUUGCUGAGGAAGGCAAAAGAGGACUCUUCCUUUGAAUGUGCCAACAGGACUCUGGCUGCCAUCGCCACCCACAUCUUUAGAGACCUGGGGGUGCUGAGAGAACAGCCAGGCCCAGCAGAACCCAUCCUCCAUCUCUCCGAGGUCUUCAUUGCCAGAGAGAACCAAGAGAAACUGGAGAAAUUCAUCCAGCAGUUUGUCUACCUCUAGGCUCUGGAACCUCCUUGUACUUCAGCCAGAAAGUAGUCGUUCUUACAGCCAUGGCAGGGGAGAUGCCCUUCUUAAGCCGGCCACUCCACCAGGCUGCCUGUUUUGACAAUGUUGUCUUCUUGUUAUGACUCUUUUGAAACAACCCCCGCCCCGUUUGCCAGAGCCUUCAUGAGAGGCCUUGAGAGAAGGGCCUGUGUCUUGACUGGCUGCUUCAGGAUGAUGCAGCCAGACGAUCUCACUAACAGAGUGGAUGAGAUUUUGUUCUCAGAUGCCCAGACCAUGGAUAAAAAGUUUGUUUUUUUAGACACUAAUAUUUUGUGGUAGACAUGUUUUUCCUUUAAAACACUCAACAUGGCAUUCUGCUGAGCAGAGAUGGAGAAGAAAGCAUUGCUAAGAAGGGAGGUGAGUACUGGAAGCUUUGCAUCUCUGUCUCAUUGGAUGUCCUGCCAGUUUGUGCUGGGAAUGUUCCAAAUAAGACAUUUUGGAGCAGCACAUGUGAAUGUGAUUUUGGAUAAGUUUUACAAGAAUCUAGAACUGUGCUAGUGGGGAAUCUGGAGUUUUCCACUGGGACAAUUUUUGCUUCACGGGGGAACUUCUGUAGCGCACAUGCCCAUUCUGGCCUGGUUGCCCCUUUUGCCUCGUACAGUGAGGCUGUCAGCAGUUAAACGUACAGCAGCUCUGCCCUCUAAUCUGUGAAGAGAGACUUUCAGAAAUGCAGCUGCUUUCCCCAGGCUAGUAUAACAGCAAGAGAAGCUGCAUCUCUGCCCCUACAAAAAAAAAGCACAAGGAAGUCAGCGGUUGCUCAAGGAUCACAGCUGGGGCCCAGAAUUGAGAGUUUUGUGCUAAAGGAAGCUGCAAGUUCUAGGGCUAGUUAAUCCAAAUCCUCCAAGUGGAGUUGGUGAUAGCUGCUUUAUUUUGACUGCUCAAUCUGGAAGGUAUUGAUCAUUAAAAGAACAGCAUUAUGUUUUGUA